AUGGCUCAGACGUCGGUGGGGCCAAUUGACUGCUCGGAUAAAGAGAAUGGUUUCACGUUCUGGGGUUGUAAGGCCUUCCAUCGCUGUAACCGUGGCCAGCCCGAGUACGUAGAGUGUGGACCGGAUGAGGUGUUUGACGAGGACAUAGGCGACUGUAACAGGCGGGACCAGGUGCGGACUCCGUGCGGAAUGGACUUGUGGGAUCGGUGUACGGGGGUGACAGGACCGUAUUCACGGGGAAUCGCAAUUAGAGAGUACGAAGAGGAGGUGAACGUGAACAACUUCCGGAGGCGUCUGCGCUGUACAUACUUCUACAUCUGUUACCAGGGCGUACAUUACGGCACUCAGAAGUGCACCGGAGGUAACGUGUUUGACGAUAGGCAGCAGUUCUGCGCAGACCCACUAUCUGUCCAGGGGGAGUGUGGGUUGUCACAGGGACCACAAGUCCGAGGAUAACAGAGGGUAAGGACCCUUCCCUCCUACAGACACAAAAGGCACAUAAGUAUAUCACGUACUGUCCAUGUGGACGAUGGGUUACAAAGGUAGGGCUCACGGCUAAGGAAGAGCUGUUUGUUUGAGUAUUUUAGCCACGAUUUGAAAGUCAUUAUUGAGUAAUUGAACUAACUUGAAGACCAGUGUUGUUGUGUUCAAAGAUAGAAUGUUUUCUGAGAUGGAAUAAUCUGUUGUUUUAAAAAAGGCAAAACAGAAAUGUUUUAGAAGAGAUACAAGGGACGGACUUAGUCGGUACUGUUUGUACCUUAUAUAUUUUUAUACAGGCAGGCUGCCUGGUCACAAACUGCUAUAUAUGCACGCACGCCGUAUGCAUGCCAACUUCACAUACGACAAA